AUGUCUGACCUGCUUGGGCGCAUCGACGGUCUCGGCGAGACUCUCUCAAGGUGCAUUUUUGACUUUGCGGGCCCGUUGUCGCAGUACCUCUUGGGCCGCGGCGCAUGGACAUCCUCUUUCUUCGUGCUACAUAGCCAAAUGGAAGCCGUGUACGCCGACGCGUACGCGAUGGACUGGGAAGGUGACCUCGCGACGCUACCGGGUCGCGGCCCGAGCCGUGAGCGCGACCGCGUGAGUCGAUCUUUUGAGCACAUUCGGACGCUCGGUAUGUACGAGCGGUAUCAAGCCAUCGUCGGCGGCGCCGUCUUGUCGACCUGUGGCUUUCGCGAUGGAUACGACACGAAUGGCUGCCGCGAUGACGUCCCGUUCGACAUUCCGCCCAACAGCCUCGACGACGUUGGCCUGCGCAACUGCUGGGACUUUGCCGUGACGCCGUUCUUGGAUCGGCCGAUCGCGCUCGCCCACGCCGCAGCCUACAAUGGCCACGCAGCUCUGCUAUACAAAUUAGGCAGCGACUGCGGCGUUGACCUCGCACGUCUGCGCGAUGCACCGGACGGCAAGACGCUUCUCUUCGACCAUGCAGCAAGUCGCGGGUACCUCGAUGUUCUCAAGUGCCUCCAUGCCGCCGGCAACAAGCACUGCACGACGCGCGCCAUGGACAGCGCCAUCACAAACGGCAAUCUCGAAAUCGUUCAGUGGCUGCACGCGGCGCGCGACGAAGGCUGCUCGCCAGACGGGUUUGACACCGCGUACCAAAAGUGGGAAGACGGGCCGGACAGGGCCGCGAUCUUUGCAUUGCUCGAAGCCGCGUGCGGGUACGGCGGCUUCACGGACGAGGCGCUUGUGAUCGCUGCGCGCACUGGCGACGUGCGCUUCCUCAAGGCCGUCACUGAUACCAAUGCGGAGGGUGUGCCUGUGAACGCGCUUUGUCGCAGCGUCGAGAACCUUGUCAAGGCUAUGACGGAAGUGGCUCGCUACGGCCCGAUGGAGUCGAUGGAGGUCUUGCACGCACUAUUGCCGAUCGGCGCCGCGGGGACGGAGCCCAUGGACGCGGCCCUCCUCCAUUGCAACCGCGCCGCCAUUCGUUUUCUUCUGACGCACCGUCCAAGCGAAGGCUGCUCCGUGCGCGGGUUCGAAGACGCACUCGACGUAUUCGACAUGAACGAGUUCUUGGAGCCCUUCAUGACGGCCCAGCCCGAGAUCAUCCCUGUCAUCGUCGAGUGCUUUGCGAGCCUCGGCGAAGAAGACGCGGUCAUGGACUUGUACGAAGGCGACGAGAUCGUUCGCAACCCGAACGUCAUGGCGUGGGCUGCGCACCAUGGCAAGCUGGACUGGAUGCGCAAGCUCCACGAGGUCUACAACGAGUCGUACACGGACGCAGCGACGGACCGCGCGGCCGGCCAAGGUCACUUCACUAUCGUUCAGUUCUUGCUUGAGGCCGGUGCCAAGUCCGAUACACUGGCGCUGCUGGUUGCCCACGACACGACCAAGCACAAGUGCAACCUCGCGAUCGCUCGCGCUCUCGUGGGCGGCGAGUAUACGGCCGCUGCUGAGGCCAUUUACGAGGCUGCAGCUUGCACGGGCGACCUCUACACCGAGUGGGGGCAGUACGCGCACUUGGUUGACCCGAACCGUGACGACUUGCGCCCGGCGUUUAGUGGAUGGCGCGACACCGAGUGCGGCGGUGGGUACAGCUCUGGGGAUAGUGACUAUUAA